AUGGUACACAUCCAGGACCUUCCCAUAGAGCUCCUAUAUCUCAUUCUGUCAUUUUUUGUCAGCCCAGAUGAUCUCGAGCUACUGAGCGGACAACAAAACACGAAAGCAAAAGACGGCAAGGCGAACGAAUUGGAUGACGAAGAAUAUGACGAAGAUGAACCUGAUGGGACUGAGACCCUGUACAAUAUUUGCCUAGUCUCGCGGAAGUUCCGUGAGGUGGCCCAACCUUUACUCUUCCGUGAACUGUUUGAUGAUGGUUUGACCGGCGGGCUCACUCCGACUGUCCCAUUCAUCAGAACGAUAUAUCGUCGUCCGGAUCUCGGAAAGCAUGUCCAUCAAAUUUCUAUCCUGCCUUUCCCAUUCAUCUCAGAUGAUCGUAAACCUCUUUCCGCAGAGGACUCCGAGCUCUUCAAAGGCGGAAUCCAGGACCUAGGAUUGGGCGAUCAGGAGGAAGCCUGGAUUUCGGCUCUGGAGAAAUCCGACCUCGGCGUUUUGGCAGCAUUGCUAGCCAACAAGGCUCCCAAUCUUCGUGGACUACAUCUGCCAGUGCGCUACUUCUGGACCGAGCCAUUCAUCCAGCUUUUCCACCUCCAUCCAGAGUUCUUGUCAAACCUGGAGUCUAUCUGGAUCGAAAGUGAUGACGAAAUGUCCGGCUUCGAUAUUGCUUUCUACGAGAAAUUCCUCACCCUUCCAAAGGUCAGAUUCUCAACCUUCGAGUACGGUGAUCUCUUCGAUGAGUCAUUCCCAUCUACCUGGCUUCCUGGAACAUUGGAAACGCAGGAACUGGCCUUCCACCACUGCCACAUCGAUGCCGGCGCCAUCAAAAAGCUCAUGCAAGCGUGCAAGAAGCUAAGAACAUUCACCUACAACAAUUUCAGCUUGGACCCUAACGACCGACGGAUCAUGCGUGCGGGAACCGUGCCCGAGUUUGACGCUAAACAGGCCCACGAAGCUGCCCUCAUACAUAAGGAUACCCUCGAGCUCUUCCACCUCGAAUACGCAAUGGAACUACCGGACGUCGAGCAUAUCGAGCAACUCGUUUCUAGCCACGUCAAGGUUGGCUCAUUCCGCGAUUUCUCCGUCCUCCAUACCAUCCUCAUCCCACACGCUGCUCUUCCACCACACCCUCAAUUCCCCAGCUCGCUACUGAGACUUCACAUCACCGACUGCAACUCGUCUAUCAGGGAGUUGACUCAGAACAUCGCGGCAGAUUGUAAAAAUGGUCUCUAUCCGAAUUUAACUCACAUCAAGGUAUUCGCUAUCGACAUCACGCAGCCCAUUAAACUUCCCGGACAACGUAUUCCCGAAGGGAAAACCCCUGAGCAAUGUUUCCUCGCUCUGAAGGAUAUGUUCAAAGGAACCAAAGUGAAUUUCCGGAUCUUGCCGUAUGAACUACCUGAUUUUGAUGAUUACGACGAUCUCGACCUCGACUAUGAUGAAGAUCUCGGGUUUGAGGAAGAUUUCCUAGAACCGGGAUUCGAAGAACAUCCACCAGGGGCGGAUCCCGGCUCGGGUCCAAUUCCGCCACGGCUUCUCGAUUUACUUAUGCAGCGGGCUAUGAUGGACCCUGAAUUUGCACACCUCCGCCCUGAUGAGGGAAGUGAUGGCAAUUCAUGGGAAACUGAUGAUGAUGACGACUCAUGGGAAAGUGAUGACUCCGAUUCAGGCAACUAA